CACUUUUCUCAACUUUAUCUGGAAAGUCAGAGUGAAAGUAAAAUAGUCCAACUGCGAACCAAGACGGGGUCAGUUCAUCUCGAUACUUCAAAACUCCUAAGAACUUCACAAAUCCAGUGUGGGUCCUCCAGUGAGUUGGAGAGGAUUGAGGAACAAUGGCACAGUUUGACACUUUGAUAUGGACUAUAACUGUUAUAUUUGUGCUUGAAUGCAUUGGAUCCUGUAUUGGAUGUGGUAGAGCUGAGUACAGAAUAAGGGAUGAAUGUUGUCCCAUGUGUUUACCAGGAUAUCGUGUACAUAGGCAUUGUACUGAAUUCACCAGUACCAGCUGUGUGCCCUGUGUUGAUGCUACUUUCCUUGAUGAGCCCAAUGGUCUCAUAAAAUGCAAAGUGUGUAUCAACUGUGAUCCAGGUUUGGGUUUGAAGGUAAAGCGGUCAUGUAAACCUUCAUCAGACACUGUCUGUGGGACACUGGAGGGGUUCUACUGUCUAGACCCAACUAAGGAUGGUUGUAGAGCAGCCCAGAGACACAGCAGCUGUAAACCUGGUCAAUACAUCAACCACACAGGAACAGCGUCUACACAUACUGUGUGUUCUGACUGUACUGGUGACACCUAUUCAGAUGGAUCAUUAGCAGCCUGCCAGUCACACACUGGAUGUGAAUCCUUGGGACUUCAGGAAAUUAAACCAGGAUCUCCUUGGUCAGAUUCAGAGUGUGGACCACAACUAUCCCAUUCCACAGCUAGAAGCAGAAUUGGUGCUGUUGCAUCCAUGACAGUUGUCAUGAUAUUAGCUGGAGCUGUUUUCUUAUCAUUCAUAAUAGAGAGAAAUGUCUGCUUUUUAUCUGUUUCUAUUGUGUUGGUAAAUUAUUUAGUGUGUGUGUGAGAAUAAUUGUUUAGUGUUUGUGUGUGAGUAUGAGUCAGAGAGAGGAGCGUCAAGUAACCUAGCGGGACGGCAGGUAACCUAGCGGUUAGGAGUGUUGUGCCAGUAACCGAAUGGUCGCUGGUUCGAAUCCCUAAGUAGACUACCUAUUAACACGAAUAGUGUCUGCUAAAUUAUUUAAAUGUUACAAAUUUGAGAGUGCGUGUGUGCAUCUAUCACUCCAGUGUUUAAUUGCUCAAUUUUAAUUAUUUCGCCACUAUGGCAUGUUUAUUGCCUUACCUCCCUUCUUACCUCAUUUGCACACACUGUAUGUAGACUUUUCUAUUGUGUUAUUGACUGUAUGUUUGUUCCAUGUGUAACUCUGUGUUGUUGUUUGUGUCGCACUGCUUUGCUUUAUCUUGGCCAGGUCCCAGUUGUAAAUGAGAACUUGUUCUCAACUGGCCUACCUGGUUAAAUAAAGGUGAAAUAAGAAAAUAGGAAUCAUCGUCAAUCUACACACAAUACCCCAUAAUGGCAUACAAAAACAGGAUUUAAGAUAUUUUAGCAAAUGUAUUAUAAAAACUACAGAAAUACCUUAUUUACAUAAUAAUUCAGAGCUCAGGUGCAUCUUGUCUUCAUUGAUCAUCCUUGAUGUUUAUACAACUUGAUUGGAGUCUACCUGUGGUAAGUUCAAUUGAUUGGACAUGAUUUGGAAAGACACACCUGUCUACAUAAGGUCCCACAGUUGACAGUGCAUGUCAGAGGAAGAAGCUGAUUAAACAGCAUACUCAUUACACAGGUGCACCUUGUGCUGGGGACAUUAAAAGGCAGCUCUAAAAUGUGCAGUUGUGUCACACAACACAAUGCCACUCAUAUCUCAAGUUUUGAGGCGUGUGCAAUUGUCAUGAUGACUGCAGGAAUGUCCACCAGAGCUGUAGCCAGAUAACUACAUUUUAAUUUGUCUACCAUAAGCCACCUCCAAUGUUGUUUUAGAGAAUUUGGCAGAACGUCCAACCGGCCUCACACCUGUAGACCACGUGUAACCAUGCCAGCCCAGGGCCUCCACAUCCGGGGUGCUGGGAAGUAUUUAUGUCUGUAAUAAAGCACCUUUUUAGGGAAAAACU